AUGAAGAGGCGGGAGGAGCCCUCUGCAGAGAGCCAGCAGGGAGCCAUGCCGGGCAGCGGGGGUGCUGGCAAGGGGGAAGGCGUUAGGGCAGCCCUCCAGGAGGAGGAGGAGGACGAGGAGGUCCCAAGCUGGGGGUCCUCGGAGCAAGCCCCCCCGGAAAGCGCCGCGCUCGGGCACUGCCAGGUGCCCGCAUCACCCCAGUUUCAUCUUGCUCUUCAGACCAUUGACCAGUUUGAGUUUGACGGCUGUGACAACUGUGACUCCUACCUGCAGAUGAAGGGGAACCGUGAGAUGGUUUAUGAUUGCACCAGCUCUUCCUUUGAUGGCAUUAUUGCCAUGAUGAGCCCUGAGGACAGCUGGGUCUCCAAGUGGCAGAGAAUCAGUAACUUCAAGCCCGGUGUGUAUGCAGUGUCUGUGACUGGCCGCCUACCCCAAGGCAUUGUCCGGGAACUGAAGAGUCGCGGUGUGGCCUACAAGUCUCGGGACACAGCCAUAAAGACCUAAGGAGGAGGCGUUCCCACCCACCCCUCUAUUGAUGCUCACACAGGCCUCCAUUUCAGAAGAGACACCUGUUCAGAACUGGCCUAACAUUAAACAAAUAUCUCUUUGUGGGUGUGGGUUCUUUGUCUGGGGACCAAGAGUGGACUGACUGCACCAUCCUCCUCCCUGCUAUCUGAGCUAGAAGAGGGGCCUUCCUGAGAGGCUGUAAGUAGGAACGGCAGAAGUUUAAGUGUUGACGAUUUCUGUAAAUAUUCCUAAUAAAUGUGGUUAUGGUGUCAGAAAUUCA